UGCCCAUCAGUGCCACAUCAAUGCCACAUAUCAGUGCCUAUCAGUGCACAUCAAUGCCGCCUAUCAGUGCCAGUCAGUGCCGCCUAUCAGUGCCACCUAUCAGUGCCAUAUAUAUGAGUGCUGCCUUUCAGUGCCCAUCAGUGCCACCUACUAGUGCCUCCUCAUCAGUACCAAUUAGUGCCACCUAUCAGUGCCCAUCAGUGCAGCCUAUCAGUGUCCAUCACUGCAGCCUCAUUAGCACACAUCAGUGAAGGAGAAAAAUCACUUAUUUACAAAAUUGUAUAA